AACACACUCCCCUCCACCGCCACCUCCGUGGGGCCGAACGCCCGCUGGCUUAGCCGCCCGAAGCAGCUCGGAGGGCUAUGUAACCGCGAGGCUGCGGGAGGAAGGGGUCUGGGAAGAAGAGGCCUGCCCGCGGAAGCCGCCGAAGCCAAGUUUGCGGCCACUUCUGCAGGCUUCCAACUCCUUGUAGCCUAGCAGGUCCAGGUGUCCUUGGCCUUCUCGCGCUCCCAGUUGCUGCGGUUCCCGACGACAUGGUGACGAUGGAAGAACUGCGGGAGAUGGACUGCAGCGUGCUCAAAAGGCUGAUGAACCGGGAUGAGAACGGCGGCGGCGCGGGCGGCAGCGGCAGCCACGGCGCCCUGGGGCUGCUGAGCGGCGGCAAAUGCCUGCUGCUGGACUGCAGACCGUUCCUGGCGCACAGCGCGGGCUACAUCCGAGGCUCGGUCAACGUGCGCUGCAAUACCAUCGUGCGGCGGAGAGCCAAGGGCUCCGUGAGCCUGGAGCAGAUUCUGCCCGCCGAGGAGGAGGUGCGCGCCCGCCUGCGCUCCGGCCUCUACUCCGCAGUCAUCGUCUAUGAUGAGCGCAGCCCUCGUGCCGAGAGCCUCCGGGAGGACAGCACGGUGUCGCUGGUAGUGCAGGCGCUACGCCGGAACGCGGAGCGCACGGACAUCUGCUUGCUCAAAGGUGGUUAUGAAAGAUUUUCUUCUGAGUACCCAGAAUUCUGCUCUAAAACCAAGGCCCUGGCAGCCAUCCCACCACCUGUGCCUCCCAGUGCCACUGAGUCCUUGGACCUGGGCUGCAGCUCCUGUGGGACCCCACUUCAUGACCAGGGAGGUCCUGUGGAGAUCCUUCCCUUCCUCUACCUCGGCAGUGCCUACCAUGCUGGCCGCAGAGACAUGCUCGAUGCCCUGGGGAUCACAGCCCUGCUGAAUGUCUCCUCCGACUGCCCCAACCACUUUGAAGGACACUACCAGUACAAGUGCAUCCCAGUAGAAGAUAACCACAAGGCUGACAUCAGCUCCUGGUUCAUGGAAGCCAUUGAGUACAUUGAUGCAGUGAAGGACUGCUGUGGGCGGGUGCUGGUGCACUGCCAGGCAGGCAUCUCACGAUCGGCCACCAUCUGCCUGGCCUACCUGAUGAUGAAGAAGCGAGUGAGGCUGGAGGAGGCCUUCGAGUUUGUCAAACAGCGCAGGAGCAUCAUCUCACCCAACUUCAGCUUCAUGGGGCAGCUGCUACAGUUUGAGUCCCAGGUGCUCACCACAUCCUGUGCUGCAGAGGCUGCCAGCCCUUCCGGGCCUCUGCGAGAGAGGGGCAAGGCCACCGCCACUCCCACCUCGCAGUUUGUCUUCAGCUUCCCUGUGUCUGUGGGUGUACACUCGGCCCCCAGCAACCUGCCGUACCUGCACAGCCCUAUCACCACGUCACCCAGCUGUUAGGGCCAGUCUCUGAACACAAGGCCAGAGUCGGCUCCCAGCAAGGGUUGUGCAAACCAUGUGUGGGUAGCACGUAGAGACUGACCAGCUGGGGGCCAGAUGACCAAGCUCUGUCCCCAUCCAUUUCUCCUUGGCCAACCACAGGGCCAGCUAGAAUGGCAAUAAGGACUUUGAAUACAUAUUAAAAGCAAACAAACGAAACACUCCAACUUAGAGCAAUAAUGGCAUCAGCGGCCAGGGAAGUCCUUGGUUUGGUUUAUCUGUCAGUUUUACUUUUCAGGUAGAAAUUUCUUACCUCAUUUUUUUUUAAGCAGUAAGGCUUGAAGUUACGAAACCCACAGAUCCUGGCAAAUGUGCCCAACCAGUUUUCCUAAGUGGGGAAGGAAAGAGAAGAGAAGGCGACAAGUUUGCCAGAAGUGCCUGGUUCUGUGUGCUUGUCUUUCGUUGUAUUCACAGUAGUUCUGUGUUUUCAAAGAAAUCUAGGACGUGGUAUUCACUUCUGAUUAUUCACCAAAUGAACAAUUAUGCUUAAUAAUAGAUAUUUAUUGAGUUUCUUCAGGAUGCAAGUGUAGGAGUCUGGAGACAGUAGAUUUGGAAUGUAUUUCUGUUGAGGUCACACAGUGAGCACAGAAGCUUGCGGGUGUCCCAGCAGUGAGGCAGGGUGUCUUGUUGGGUCUCUGCAGGUCAGCACAGAGACCACCUUGCACUGUUCCACUGAGAAGCAUGCAGGAUGAUGUGCAAGGAGAAAGGAAAGGACUCCUGCUGGUCACAUUUACAGCUGGCUCAUGGCAUGCUGACCCAAAGGAAACCUUUUUUCAAUAGUGAUAGAUUUGGUGGUGGUUGGAGCGUUUCCUUCCAACUGGCCUAGGACCUGGAUAUUGUCUGUGAUCAAUGCCAUAUUCUUUAAGGUGCUCCUGGAAAAUUGGGUGCAAUUCAGAUUUUUCUACAGUGACUCAUUUGGCAAGGACCUGGAGGAAUCUGGGUCACUAAAGAUGAACCUAAAAUGAAUCCUUUCUGGUUGAAGUACCAUCCAUUUUCUCUCUGCAUAAAUUAGUUUUCAAUUUGAGAGAUUUACUUGAAGUAUACCAACAAAUUCUUGUUACUAAAUCCCUGUUUGAUGAAAUGAAUAUUUCAAAAGCCCUCCUUUGAAUAAAAAGAUGAGUGCGUGCCACAUUUCAGGGCUCCUUGAAGUCUGAAAGUACAACAGAGCUUGGGCAGGUUGGAACUGGCUGCCAACUCCUGUGAUGUGCAUCUUGGGUACUCGGGAGCCAUUUUGGAUUCUUAUGGGCUAAUGUCAUUUGAAGGGGUCUUUCCAAAAGGAGGGAUGGCUUUUGGAAGAAGGGUGUUUUCUGUAGGGAGGGCUUGUGGGGAGGGAGGAGGGAACAAGCUACAUGUUACUUCAUCUGUAAUUAUUGUGGAACACUAUCGUUAUGGAGUGCCAGAUUAGAGGUUGCUGCGAACUUGUUAGAAAUGAGAGCAUGUUUUUUUUUUUUUUUAAAGCCCUUUGAGAGUCCAGAUCUCAUUGAACAGUCUUGAUCACCCAUAAAUAACUUCAAGCCUCAAUGUCACAAUCAUGUUGGAAUGCUUUCUCAUCCAGCAUCCCAGACAGGUCUCAGUUCAUUGUAUUUCCUUCCAUGAACUGUGAACCUGUACUGGUGUGAUACGUCCUGAUGGCCUGUGUCAAGCUCUGCCUUUGGGUGAGCCUAGUCUUCAUUUUGUGUUUUUAGAAAAGCCAGAGGUGCCCCACUUCCCUGGGAGCUGGUGGUCCGAAUGGUUGGUAGGCAUGAAGGGUUAUGGCUCCCAGAUGGCAGACCCAUUUAGAAACUGCCUAGUUGGACAGUCCCACUUUUCCUUUCAUUCCUGGAAGCCGUUUCAUGUUUGGUGAAGAAUGAGGUUAAAUGGGUUUUAUAGCUGAAAAAACCAUGGGUUCCAAGACUGUCAGGGUUUCUAGAGGGCAGGUAGCCUGCAGGCGAGAUUCACUUUUUAUACACUGAAUAUAAAUUUGCCAAAGGUGUCCUAGUUCCCAGACUGGAUCCCAACCAUACAGGCAGGGGGAGGCUCAAGAUUAACUCCAGAUAUCUUUCCCCUGCUUCCGGAUUCAAACCUUCUAUGACAAUGUCAAAUGGCUAUUUAUAGUCAUUUUUGUACUGGAUAACAGCAUGAACUUUUCCUAAAACUCUAAGAAAGAAUAUAGGACAUUGGUUUGGUUGAAAAAGGGGACUUAAUUGUUGUUCUCCCUCCAGAAGCCUCUUUGGUGACUCAGAACAGCUCUAAUGAAGAUACUAUCGGUUAUUCCAAAUGGUUAGUUUCAAUAGGCAGCUGUCCCUCCCAUGAAAGGAUUUCUGACAUGGUAGAAAGUCAUUGGACAUUUGUCACAAAGAAUGAGGAAUGCUCCCAAAUCUCCUCUGGGAUCUUGUCUUACCUGUGAGUAUUUUGGGGAGAGCCCUAAAGACCAGGACUUUCCCCAGAGAUAUUAGACUGAAGCAAGAGCAAUCAAGUAGACAGCAGCUCCCAGCUUCAUUCCUUCUGAGACCGUUGUGCUUGGUUCUCAAGGCUUGGAAGCCACGAGAAGCAACUUAGAGUGGUGGUGGGAAGGAAGGACCACUGAUGGUUCAAUACAAGGGGAAGGGGAAAGGGCUAGAGCUGAGGAGAUAGACAUGAAGCCUGAAGGAGCGAUAACAAUGGUUCUUACUGUUCAUCACAUUCACCCGGGAACCUUCAAAAUCCUCAUGCCUAGGC